AUGCCGCCAACAACGCUAACCGAAGACAGAUUAACAUCUGGACACCGCCUGUCUCACCCGACCCCCGGUGAUGAAGUCCUCAUCACCGGGUGCGCGGGAUACUUCCCGGAUUCCGAUUCAGUCAUCCACUUACAGGAAAACCUUUUUAACAAGGUCGACUUGAUCUCCGGCGACGGACGCCGCUGGAAGCUCGCCCAUCCCGAGAUACCACAGCGUACUGGAAAAAUCAACAAUGUGAACAAGUUCGACGCCUCGUUCUUCGGCGUUCAUUUCAAACAGGCGCACACCAUGGACCCCAUGUGCAGAAUCAUCCUGGAGAAGGCAUACGAGGCUGUCAUCGAUGCUGGUUUCAACCCUAAAGAGCUCCGUAACACAAAGACGGGCGUGUUUAUUGGAGCGUGCUUCUCUGAAUCCGAGAAGACUUGGUUCUACGAAAAAAUGCAGGUCAAUGGCUUCGGAGUCACCGGGUGUUCCCGUGCCAUGUUGGCCAACCGUAUAUCCUACUGGCUUGGCGUCACCGGCCCAUCGUAUACAGUCGAUUCAGCCUGCUCCAGCUCCCUCUACGCACUUGAGCACGCGUUCAGAGCAAUCCGCGACGGCCACUGCGACGCAGCCAUCGUGGGCGGCUCCAACUUGUGCCUACAUCCAUACGUCUCUCUGCAGUUCUCUAGACUGGGAGUGCUAUCGGCGGACGGCAGAUGCAAGAGCUUUGACAACAGCGCUAACGGCUACGCCCGCUCCGAAGCCAUCGUCGUUUGCUUCCUGCAAAAGGCUAAAGACUCAAGAAGGGUUUACGCACAGCUUCUACACGCUAAAACCAACUGCGAUGGAUACAAGGAGCAGGGUAUAACGUACCCAGCCGGUCAGAUCCAGAAGUUGCUGCUGAACGAAUUCUACGAGGAGUGUUCCAUCCCUCCGUCCACCCUGGAAUAUGUCGAGGCGCACGGCACCGGUACUAAAGUCGGUGACCCUGAGGAACUACUGGCCAUCGAUGAAGUGUUCUGCACGGGUCGCUCAGAGCCCUUGAUGAUAGGAUCCGUCAAAUCCAACUUGGGGCACAGCGAGCCUGCAUCCGGUCUUUGCUCCAUCGCUAAACUUUGCAUAGCUUACAGCACCGGUUAUCUUCCACCAAAUCUCCACUUCAAAGUUCCCCGUGAAGGCGUGGCAGCCCUGGCUGAGAACCGUCUCCAAGUGGUUACAGAGAAGCAACCCUGGAACCGCGGCAUGACUGGUGUUAACAGCUUUGGCUUCGGUGGUGCAAACGCCCACGUUCUCUUGAAGAAUGUCGCCAGAGACAAGGUCAACAAAGGCAUGCCGUUUGACGAUUUACCGCGCUUGGCUUGCGUAUCCGGUAGGACGGAGUCCGCCGUAGCGAGGAUUCUGGACGAUCUGGAGUCGAGGACUGUAGACGCCGAACUGAUUCGACUGUUGCACGCCAUUCAUAACGACGACAUUGGCGGGCAUGUAGUCCGCGGGUACUCGCUUUUGGGUUCGACCCCAACAAAGAGUGUGUCUUUGGCCCGCGACAUACAAUACUUCUCAGGAGUACGGCGCCCAGUUUGGUUUGUCUAUUCGGGAAUGGGCUCUCAGUGGGCCGGAAUGGGGACUCAACUCAUGAGGAUACCGGUCUUUGCUGGCGCAAUAGAAAAAUGCCACAAAGCGUUGGAACCGAAGGGCAUCAACUUGACAAAGAUCAUCACUGAACCCGAUCCCAACAUUUGCGAGAACAUUCUCAACUCCUUUGUUGGCAUUGCCGCGGUCCAAAUCGGCCUCACCGACGUACUGAACACCAUCGGCAUUAAACCUGACUACAUCAUAGGUCACAGUGUUGGUGAAUUGGGCUGUGCGUACGCAGACGGCUGUUUCACGGCAGAGCAGAUGAUCUUGUCAGCUUACUGCCGCGGCUUGGCAUCUCUUGAGACUCCGUUCAUCAAAGGAUCAAUGGCUGCAGUUGGGCUAGGCUACAAUCAGGUAAAAGGGAUGUGUCCGCCAGAAAUUGAGGUCGCUUGCCACAACGGCCCCGACUCAAGCACCAUAUCAGGCCCGGCCGACAUCAUGAAGGAGUUCGUGGCAAAAUUGGCAGGCCAGGGGAUAUUUGCCAAAGAGGUCCCCUGCUCUAAUAUCGCUUAUCAUUCGAAAUAUAUCGCUGACGCAGGUCCGAAACUACUUAAGUAUUUGAGGGAAGUAAUCACCGACCCCAAGCCGCGCUCUGAACGUUGGGUUUCUACGUCAGUUCCUCAAGCACUGUGGAAGGACAGCAAGGCUCAACUAUCAUCAGCCGAAUACCACACAAACAAUCUGUUGAGUCCAGUGCUGUUCGAAGAAACAGCGCGCCUCGUCCACCCUAACGCCAUCGCGAUAGAGAUCGCCCCGCACGGUCUACUCCAGGCCAUCCUGCGACGUUCCCUCAAGAAGGAAGUCGCCAAUAUUGCGCUCACGCAGAGGAACCACGAAGACAACGUUCAAGUCCUCUUCAAUGCGAUAGGAAACCUGUACGAGUUGGGUCUCAAUCCUCAGCUGGCCAAUAUCUAUCCUCACGUGCCUUUCCCUGUAUCUCAAGGGACUCCGAUGUUGUCCCAUCUGGUCGAAUGGGAACACAGUGAAGACUGGUACGUCACAUCGUACAAGGCUCAAGACAAAAUGAAAUCCGGCGAGAGAACAGUUAGAAUGGCGAUCGUUGAUGAAGACAGUGAAUAUAUGGCUGGUCACGUCGUUGACGGACGCAAUUUGUAUCCCGCCACUGGAUACCUCGUGCUUGUUUGGGAAACCCUGGGCAUGAUGAUGGGUGAGCUCUACACAGAAGUUUCGGUCGUAUUUGAGAACGUUCGUUUCCAAAGAGCUACCAACAUACCGAAAGAGGGCAAUUUGGAAUUCAUAGUCAUGAUUCAAAAGGGAAGCGGUAACUUUGAGAUUGUCGAGAGUGGAGCAUCGAUUGUAACCGGUCGAAUUUACGCCAAGAGGAAUGUCGGUAACGAUUACCGUGUGCUUCCAGCGAUGCCCGAAGCGAGUGGACCAAGCGUUAAGCACAUGCUGACGAAAGACUUCUACAAGGAGUUACGUCUCCGAGGAUACCAGUACAGCGGCCUGUUCCGUGGUGUCAUCGGAUGCAAUAUUGAGGGCACCCGUGGCCGUCUUGCCUGGGUUAACAAUUGGGUGACCUUUAUGGAUUGCAUGCUUCAACUCAAGAUUAUUGGGCAGGACACACGCGGUCUAUUCGUCCCCACCAGAAUUGAGAAACUCUGCAUUGACGCAAAUAUGCACUAUGACGCAAUCUCCAAAAUGAACCCAGAUUCCACUAGGCAGUCGUUCGAAAUUCGCGUGUAUCCACAUGUCGAUGUUAUUAGGGCUGGUGGUGUUGAAAUUCGCGGUUUACAUGCGACGCCUAUCUCCAAGAAAUUACCUUUGGGUAUCCCCGUGCUAGAGAAAAAUGAAUUUAUCCCAAACUUUGGAACGAACAAAAUGGAGUUGAUCUUGGAAAAUUUACAAACAUACAAAGUCAAGAGCAUCGAAAUAGUGGAUGAAGAAUACAAAGCUUGUGGCUUUACCCCCGUCAUGGAGACGGUAGCUGAUGUACUUGGUGAUCUUCCCCUUGUACAAGCUGAACUUCUAAUAAUAUCCGAAGAAGCAAUAGAAAUGCCUGCGUAUAUCACGGUCGAGAAUAAGAAAUUGACAGGAGAAAGUAACACCGUAAUCUUCGUUGGAGCCAAUCUUUUGCAAAGACCAGAAGUUCUCCAACAAGCCGUUUCUACGUUGAAAGACAAAUGUUUCAUAAUGAGCCGUGAAAAAGUUCGGCCCAAUCCCAAAAACUACGCGGAUAAAUUUGACAUUGUAACCGUGCAAGACACCGGUGCGGAGUUUAUAGUCAUGUUCAGGAAGAGGAUCGGUGCUAAGCCUGCUAAGUUCAUUAAAGUCGUAACGGCCGAUCAAACUUUCACCUGGAUCGACAAGGUCAAGGAGGAACUUAAGGAGGGCCAGAAAAUUGUCCUCUAUAGCCAAAAUGAACUAAUUAACGGUCUCUUGGGUCUAGUCAAUUGCCUCAGAAAGGAGCCUGGUGGCGAGAUCGUAAAUGGACUCCUGAUUUCCGAUCCAUCCGCACCGGCUUUCAACCCCGAUCUAGAGUUUUAUGAGGAACAAUUGGAUAAGGAUCUUGCGAUUAAUGUUUACCAAGACGGCCAAUGGGGAACAUACCGUCAUUUACUGCUGGGAGAUCUCGAAGUAGUUCGAGCCAAUCACGCCUUUGUCAACACCACUACAAUCGGUGACCUCUCAUCGCUCAGGUGGAUGGAAGGCCCCAUCAGAGAAAAUACAACCUUCAAGGAUCCUGAGAAAAUACUUAUCCAUGUAUACUGCUCAGCUAUGAACUUCCGUGACGUAAUGACGGCAACUGGUCGCGUGACAGUAGACGCUGUGGCGCGAGGUCGAUUGGCCCAGGAGUGUGUGCAAGGAUUCGAAGUCGUUGGCAGAACACCAAAUGGAUCCCGUGUAAUGGCUAUGGUACGCAACAGCGGUAUGGGCAACGUAGUCGAAGGAGACAGAGCUCUCAUGUGGGGUAUCCCUGAUGAAUGGACUUUCGAGGAAGCCGCCAGUGUUCCCGUGGCUUACGGCACAGUUUAUUAUGCAAUGAUAAUGGUAGGACACAUGCAAAAGGGCGAAUCGAUUCUGAUUCACGCUGGUUCCGGAGGUGUGGGACAAGCUGCCAUCAAUGUAGCCCUGCAUUAUGGCUGCGAGGUGUUCACAACAGUCGGUACGCCGGAGAAGAGAGCAUUCAUCAAGAAGCUGUUCCCACAACUCAAAGAUAGCCAUAUUGGUAAUUCACGUGACGCCUCGUUUGAAGAUAUGAUCAGACGUGAAACUAAUGGAAAAGGCGUAGAUCUGGUGCUCAAUUCACUGUCAGAUGAGAAGUUACAGGCAUCUGUGCGCUGUCUCGGCUACCGCGGCCGUUUCUUGGAAAUCGGCAAAUUCGACAUUAGCAACAACACACCAAUCGGGAUGUACUACUUCCUGAAGGAGACAUCGUUCCACGGCAUCAUGUUGGAUUACAUCUUCGACCAGAGCUUCGCGUUCAGAAAGAGGCUGCAAGAUCUGCUGCUUACCGGCAUCGAGAGUGGUGCAGUGCGCCCACUUACGUACUGCAUCUUUGAGAAAAACCAAGUAGAAACAGCCUUCAGGUACAUGGCAGCCGGUAAACACAUUGGAAAGGUGAUUAUAAAAAUCCGUGACGAAGAACGCGCCAACCGCCCAGUUAGGCCUGUCUCUUUUCCAGUCGACGCCAUGCCAAGGUAUAUGUGUCACGAAGACUUUGUGUACAUCGUUGUGGGAGGUCUUGGAGGCUUCGGUCUCGAGUUGGCUGAUUGGCUCAUCUUGAGAGGGGCCCGAAAAGUCUUAUUAACAUCACGCAGGGGAAUCUCCAACGGCUAUCAGUCGUCACGGCUAAGAGCGUGGGCCGCCUAUGGAGCCAACGUGAGAAUUUCCACACACGACAUAGUCACAGAGUCGGGCUGCGAAGAAAUGCUCAAGAUGGCCAAUUCUAUGGGACCCGUGGAAGCGAUCUUUAAUCUGGCCGUCAUUCUCAAGGACUCCAUCUUCCAGAACCAGACUCCUGAGACUUUUAGAACUUCAUUCGCCCCGAAGGCCCUCGCUACGAUGAACUUAGACAAACUGUCACGGAAGCUUUGCCCAGGGUUGAAGAACUUCGUUAUAUUCUCGUCUGUAUCGUGCGGUCGAGGUAAUGCCGGUCAAACCAACUACGGUUUCUCGAACUCGGUGAUGGAAAGGAUAUGUGAAUUGAGAAAGAAACUGGGGCUACCAGCACUGGCAGUACAGUGGGGAGCUGUAGGAGACGUGGGCCUCGUCGCCGACAUGCAAGAUGAUGAUGUUCAGCUCGAAAUUGGUGGAACCUUACAACAAAGGAUAUCGUCAUGUCUCCAUGCAUUAGAUAAGUUCUUGAAGCAAGACGCCGUCAUAGUAUCGUCGAUUGUCGUCGCCGAGAAGAAAGCUGGAGGAACUGGCUGUGGGAACAUUGUCGACGCCGUUGCACAGAUCAUGGGUAUUAAGGACCUCAAAACGGUAUCGCAGCAAGUAUCGCUGGCAGAGUUGGGUAUGGACAGCAUGAUGGCCGUGGAGAUUAAGCAGACCCUUGAAAGGGAAUUCGAGAUCUUCCUCACAGCGCAGGACAUCAGGACGCUUACGUUUGCCAGAUUAGUCGAACUGACGGCCCAGAGGGAAGCAGCCGCCUCGACUUCCGCUACGCGACCCAUUCAAGUUGAUGGCUCCACCGGUCUGAGAACCCUAAUGAAGAACUUCGGUGACGAGAAACUGGCGUCCGAGCCUUUCAUAUACAUGUCCACAAUGGUCGGCGAGGGCGUUGAUAGUGAUGUGCCUAUCGACGCAUCGGAGCCCGUGAUGUUCAUGCUGCCAGGCUUGGAAGGAUGCGCCGCUGGUAUGGAGCCACUAUGCCGAAGAUUGAAGAUCAAAAUAUGCGCCCUACAGCUGGGCUUAGGGUACAGAAACGACACCUUAGAUCUUAUGGUGGACAGAUUACACAAGACGGUUAAGAGCCGAUUGAUCCCCGGAGCGAAUUUCAUUCUACUCGGCUACAGUUUCGGUACCUUACCUCUUCUGAAGUUGGCAUCUGUAUUAGAAAAUGAAGGUCACAAAGGCGUUGUAUUUUGCAUCGACGGAUCGCCAGAAUUCCUGUACAGCCUGCUCACCAACACCAUCGACACAAAGAAUGACGUGCGGCUGCAGAACAGCCUUAUCUGCCACGUCAUCGAUGUCAUCUCUCCAAACAACGACAUCACCAAGACCCUUAUAGAGAAACUCAGCGGAAUCGAGUCGUACGCUGAGCGGAUCAAGUACGCGCUGAAGCUGACGCCGGUGCAGGAAAAGUACUCGGACCAGUUCAUCAGCUCGAUGUCGGCCGCCAGCUACGACCGGCUCAAGAUCGUCCUGGACCUCAAGCCGAUUGAGAGGAAGCUCCAAUCGCCGAUCGUGCUGCUGCGGCCGAAAGACCCGAUGCCGUUCCUCACAUGCGACGACAACUACGGCCUGGACAAGUAUACCGAGGGCCAGGUGACCGUGCACCAUCUGGAAGGAAACCACGUGAGCAUCAUCGAGAACAAGGACUGCGCGAACAUAAUAAACAGGAUAAUCAGCGAGAAGAGCAUGGAGACGGGCAAACAGACGCAGAACGUCGUCACCAGUAUGGUGGAGAGCCAGCGCUCAGUACAGGUU